AUGACUCAAACCGAGUCUGAUCUGCAUGAUGCAGAUGUUCUUGCCAGCAAUGCAGACACUGCCAACGAAAAAACGGAUGCAGUAAUUACUGGAGAUGUUGAAGCGCUAGGCGAGGAAGCGAGAGCGAUAGAUGCGCAAUUGCAUGCGCGUGUGCUGCGCAAGAUUGAUUGGGUUUUGAUGCCUUUUAUGGUUAUUGGUUAUGGAUUGGUUUACUGGGAUAAGGCAAUUCUAGGAAGCGCCGCUCUCUUCGGCAUGACAACUGACCUCCAUCUCACUGUCACCAACACUUCCGUGAGCCCACCCGUGACAAGCACAUCAAGAUUGAGUUGGGCAACCUCCAUCUUCUACUUUGGUCAACUUGCAGGCUCGUAUCCCAUGGCAUAUACAGUGCAACACUUUACUACUCGGAAUGUUUUGUGUCCGGCCGUUAUUAUAUGGGGUAUUAUUUGUGCAGCCACCGCCGGCGUUACCUCAUGGCAGGGCUUAUUUGCGCAGCGGUUUUUCCUUGGCUUCACCGAAUCCAUCAUCCCAACCGCAUUCAUGACAAUGGUCAGCGGCUACUACACCCAACGCGAACAAGCCCUCCGUCAAAGCUGGUGGUUCUCCGGCACAGGCUGGUUCACCAUCAUCGGCGGCGCACUAAACUACGGCUUUGCACAGAUCAAGAGCGGCAGUCUGGCACCUUGGCAAUACAUUUACAUCUUUGCUGGAUGUAUCACUGCUCUGUUCGGAAUAUGGACUUAUUUCCUACCUAAUUCGCCUGCGGAUGCGUGGUUUUUGACGCCCGAGGAACGCAUUGCGGCUGUUGAGCGGUUGAGGGCUGGGCAGACUGGUGUGAAGAAUACGGAGUUUAAGGCUGAGCAAGUCAAGGAGGCGCUCUUGGAUGUGAAGAUUUGGCUUGUUGCAAUUACCAUGGCUGCUGCAUAUACCGUCAACGGCGCAGUUUCUGGCUUUGGUCCCCUCAUAGUCUCGACAUUCGGCUACUCGACUCUCGACAGUAUUCUCUUUCAAUUCCCUCUCGGCGGUCUCUCAGCUUUCGGAAUCACAUUCACCGGCUGGCUCUGUUCACGCUACCGUAACAUCCGCGCCAUCUCUCUCGUUUUGUGCUGUCUGCCCGUCAUCGCCGGCUUCGUGAUGAUCUGGAAAUCGUCCUGGGGCCACAAACCUGUUACUCCUGUAGCCGGUUACUCCUUGAUCGGCUUCUUUGGUCCCGUUGUCAGUUUGACAAUAUCUUUAGGAGCGGGUAAUGUUGCCGGAGAAACUAAGAAGAGUUUCAUGGCAGCUGCGGUGUUUGUUGCGUAUUGCGUUGGUAAUAUUAUCGGGCCGCAGUUGGUGAAGAGUCAAACCAAGGCGCAGCAUUAUCCCGAGUUGUGGACUGGAUUAAUUAUUUGUUACUGCAUUACUAUUGUUUCUGCGAGUACCUUGUACUUUGUGCUAAGGCGCGAAAACAAAAAGCGCGAGGCGAUUGAGGUCGACGAGCGUGAGCGAGACAGACUUGCUUUCAAGGAUCUUACAGACAAGCAGAACCCGUACUUUAGAUACGUUCUUUAG